AUGGAUACCAGCAACAGCGGCGUUCUCAUUUUUGCCAGAUUGCUAAAACUUCUUUUGGCGGUGGUUUUGGUACAUCAUGUUGCGGGUAAGACACUGAGAUAUCAAGUUUAUGAGGAACAAAAGGCUGGCACUGUCAUCGCGAGGCUCAAAGAAGAUGUCGCUGAUGUAUUAUCGAAACUUCCCAGCUCUGUGACUCCGCGUUUCCGAGCAAUGCUGAGAGGUAGCGCGUCUUUGCUCUCCGUGCGCGAGCAGGAUGGUGAAAUCAGUGUCAGAACGAAAAUAGACCGUGAGAAACUGUGUGAGAAGAAUCUGAACUGUACUAUUGAAUUCGACGUGUUGACCCUACCCACAGAACAUUUGCAGUUAUUCCACAUCGAGGUGGAAUUGCUGGAUAUUAACGAUAACGCACCUCAAUUUGCCCGCUCUGUCAUUCCUAUUGAGAUCUCUGAAACUGCAGCUGUGGGAACACGGAUCCCUUUAGACAGCGCCGCCGACCCCGACGUCGGGGAAAACUCCCUCCACACUUACUCUCUGACCUCGUCUGACUUUUUCAAGAUUGAGAUUCUGACCAGGACCGACGGCGCCAAAUAUGCGGAGCUUGUUGUGCUGAAAGAAUUGGACAGGGAGAUGCGCUCCAGCUAUGAACUUCAGCUAAGUGCCUCUGAUAUGGGUGUUCCCCCCAAAUUUGGCUCUACUCUCCUUAAAAUCAGCAUAGCUGAUUCCAAUGACAACAACCCUGUAUUUGAAAAAUCAUCGUACGUUAUUAAUUUAUUAGAGAAUUCUCCCCUGGGGUCUUUGCUCAUUGAUUUGAACGCUACAGAUCCAGAUGAGGGAACCAAUGGGAGAAUAGUCUACUCUUUCAGCAGUCAUGUUUCUCCUAAAAUCCAAGAGACUUUUAAAAUUAACCCAGAAAACGGUCACCUGAUACUGGUCAGAAAAGUUGACUAUGAGACCACCAGUGCUUAUGAGGUGGAUAUUCAGGCCCAGGAUAUGGGUCCCCAUUCAAUGCCAGCACAUUGUAAGAUCGUAAUCAAAAUUGUGGAUGUGAAUGACAACAAACCCGAGAUUAGUCUUAACCUCAUGACCCCAGGCCACGAGGAGGUGGCCUAUAUCUCAGAGGCAUCUGCUGUAGAUACUUUUGUGGCACUGGUAAGAGUGGAUGACAGAGACUCUGGGCUCAAUGGAGAAGUAGUUUGUAGCCUCCAUGGUCAAGGUCAUUUUAGACUUCAAAAGACCUAUGAGAAGAACUAUAUGAUUCUCACCAAUGUGACUUUGGACAGAGAAAAGAGAUCUGAAUACAGUCUAACUGUUAUAGCUGAGGACAAAGGAUCUCCAAGCCUCUCCACCAUCAAGCACUUCACUGUUCAGGUGCUGGAUGAGAACGACAACGCGCCGCAGUUCGAGAAGAGUCAAUACGAGAUCUUCAAGCUGGAGAACAAUCUGCCUGGGGCCUACCUCGCCUCAGUUCUGGCCACCGACCCAGACCUUGGUACCAACGGUCAGGUCAGCUAUUCCAUUGCCGAGAACAUGGUCCGUGGAAGUCCCACGUCCACCUACGUAACAGUCGACCCGUCCAACGGUGCCAUCUAUGCUUUGCGGACGUUCGACCGGGAGGAGCUGAGCUGCAUCACGUUUGUGGUGCAGGCCCGGGACUCUGGAAGCCCUCCCCUCACCAGAAACGCCACGGUCACCUUGACGAUUCAGGACGAGAAUGAUAACGCGCCGGUCAUCAUGGUCCCGCAGCUUUGGAACCACACGGCCGACGUGCCCGUGUCGAAGUACGGCGAGGCCGGUCACCUGGUAACGGUCGUCCGGGCGACGGACCUCGACUCGGGAGCCAACGGAGAGCUGACGUGCUCCAUCGUCAGCGGUAACGAAGGCGGCUACUUCACCAUGGACCCCAGAACGUGCGAGAUCAGAGCGAACAUGAGCAUGGAGGAGGUUCCGGUGGAACACCUGGAUCUGAACGUUCUGGUUCAAGACAACGGGGCGGAAAGACUCAGUGCCAGAGCUUUGCUUAAACUCACCUUGUCUGAGAACCGGGAGAACCCCAUGCAUCAGCACCCAGCCGAUGAAGAGGAGCCCUCACUCGACAUCUCCACAAUCAUCAUCAUCUCUCUGGGAGCGAUUUGUACCAUUCUCCUGGUCAUUAUGGUGAUGUUCGCCGCACGGUGCAGCCAAGAAAAGAAGGACACUCGUUCUUACAACUGCAGGGUGGCGGAAUCCAACUACCAGCACCACCCCAAGAAGCCGUCACGCCAGAUCCAUAAGGGAGACAUCAGUCUGGUGCCCACCAUAAACGGAACGCUGCCGAUACGGGCACAUCACCGGUCGCCCUCCGAUUCGCCCCUGCCCGACAGGGCCCAGAGCCGCCAGAGCCACCACAGCCGGCAGUCUCUCAACAGCCUGGUGACCAUCUCGUCCAAUCACAUCCCAGAGAACCUUGCCCUGGAGCUAACGCAUGCCACACCCCCAGUGGAGCAAGUCUCACAGCUUCUGUCAAUACUUCAUCAGGGUCACUAUCAACCGAGACCAAGCUUCCGUGGAAAUAAAUACUCAAGAAGCUACAGGUAUGCCCUCCAAGAUAUGGAUAAGUUCAGUCUGAAGGACAGUGGGCGUGGUGACAGUGAUGCGGGCGACAGUGAUUGUGACAUGGGCAGGGAGUCGCCUAGCGACCGGUUGCUGGGAGAGGGCUUCGGUGAUGUCUUCCACAUUGACGGCCAUCACCGACUCCACCCAGCGAUGAGACUGUGCACAGAGGAGUGCCGAGUUCUGGGCCACUCUGACCAGUGCUGGAUGCCUUCGUUGCCCCCGUUGGCUUCGUCUGAUUACAGAACUAACAUGUACAUCCCCGGGGAAGAGGCCCAGCCACCACUGCAAGAGGAGGACCAGCAGUCCAUCGAUUCGGCCGACCGUAGGCGUAGCUUCUCCACCUUCGGGAAAGAGUCGGGGUCGGAGGACGGAUCGGACCCCCUGGGCGGCACGGGCUCGCUCCUUUCCGAAAUGAACACCGUCUUCCAGCGUCUCCUCCCACCCUCUUUGGACUCUUACUCCGAGUGCAACGAAGUCGCAGAGCGACAGGUCGCCACGGAAACCAGGAAAGGCUUCUUGCCGGGGAAGUCCUCUUCUUCCCCUUCCGCCGCUGCGUCGUCUUCUUCCUCUUCUUGCCCCGCCUACCCGCAGGGCGUGGCCGCCUGGGCGGCCAAUACGCACUUUCAGAACCCGGGAGGAGCCGUGACGACGGGCCACAGCUCGACCAAUCACGUGGCGACGCAGGCGCACCUAAAAUGGCUCCCGGCCAUGGAGGAGAUUCCGGAAAAUUACGAGGAAGAUGAGCUCGACAGCAUGCUGUGUCACCUGCAGAGUAAACGCGGCGAUGGUCGCCAUGACGCCAUCAACGCUGGCGAACUAGUGGCUGAAAUCAACAAACUCUUACAAGACGUCCGUCAGAGCUAGAAACCAGAAAUAAACAGCCCAGUGCAAACUUUAUCAGACUCUGUAGAGAUCUCUCUCUCUCUCUCUCUUUCUCUGUC